AUGCUUCUGAAGAACUACCUAGCCGCUGCUGGCUUGGCUUUGAUGCAGGGGAGUCUUGCUUCGUUGCAAAUUGUCCCUGGUGGGUCGUGGACAUCAGCUGGUACAAACCAACAUGUCCAGGCUCAUGGUGGAGGAAUCGUCGAAGUCGACUCUGUCUACUACUGGAUCGGCGAGAACAAGCUAAACGGAAGUGCCUUCCAAUCCGUCAACUGUUAUUCCAGUACCAACUUAGUGGAAUGGACCUUUGUCGGAGAGCUGCUCUCCCUCCAAAGUAGCGGAGAUCUUGGUCCGAGUCGAAUCGUCGAGCGUCCGAAGGUCAUUUACAAUGAUGCAACUUCUAAGUGGGUGAUGUGGAUGCAUAUUGACAGCAGCAGCUAUGGGGAAGCAAAGACUGGUGUCGCGACAGGUUCCAGUAUCUGUGGCAAAUAUAACUAUUUAGGCUCAUUCCAGCCUUUGGGCUUCCAGUCGCGCGAUAUGGGUCUUUUCAAAGAUGAUGAUGGAUCUGCCUAUCUCUUAUCAGAAGAUCGCCCCAACGGGUUGAGAAUUGACCGAUUGACUGAUGACUACACCAAUGUGACUUCGAACACAUACCUAUGGUCUGAGCAUAUUGAAGCUCCAGCUAUGUACAAGAAGAACGGCGUGUAUUUCAUGUUUGGGUCCCAGUUGACAGGAUGGUCUACAAACGAUAACAAGUACAGCACUGCUACGAGUUUGAGUGGACCCUGGAGCUCUUGGGCCAAUUUUGCCCCUACCGGCACGAACACCUACAACUCCCAAACUACGUUUAUCCUGGGGGUAGGCCCAAACGUGAUGUACAUGGGUGAUCGAUGGCUCUCCUCCAACCUCAUGGCAUCAACUUACAUCUGGCUUCCACUUACCUUGUCCGGGAGGAGCGCCAGCCUCACCAACGAAGACAGUUGGGUCAUCUCCACCAAGCAGUCCUGGACACCCUCUCCGGCAGGAACCACCCCGGAAGCCGAAUCUUCCUCAAACACAUUAUCCAACGGCGCUGUAACACUUACCUGCAGCGGCUGUUCUGGAGGAAAAUCUGUAGGAUAUAUCGGAGGUUCCAGCAGUGGAACGCUUCAGUUCAAGGGCAUCUCCAGCAACGCUACCACGAAGACUACUGUCCAGGUGAGAUACGAGAAUGGGGAUUCGAGCCAGCGGUAUGCUACAGUAACUGUGAAUGGCAAAUCGCAGGUUUUGGCUUUUAUUCCUUCGACGAAUGGGAACACGCCUUUCUCGUCGUCGCUGAAUGUUGAGCUGAACGCGGGGGCUUCGAACGUUAUUACUAUCGGAGGGUACCAGGGUGGAUGGGGACCGGACAUCGAUCGUUUGGUGGUUCCAGAACUGUAG